AAAUUUGAAGAUUCCCUUUCCGUUUGUAACAUCUCUCUCGAGACUGCUUAACACAAGUUCAUGAGGUUUGGUUGAAUUUUUAUUGGUGUGUCGUACGAUGGGAAACAGAGUGAAACAAAAUCGAUCAUAAACCAUACAGUUCUAAAUUAUGAAGACGAAGCAUCUAAGUUCUCCACUGACCCUGCAGUGGACUAUCUACUUGUCUAUACUUUGGAUAAUGAUGAGAGUGCCGAGCUGUGUGGCUUCCCUUUGUCCUAAAUGUCUUCAUAUGGAGUCAAACAGCUUUUAUGCUUCAAUCGUAAAGCUGCCCUCUAAUCCAAAAUGUGAAACAGAACAAUGGGCAGAGUUAAAUAUGUCUUGUCCUAACGAGUCUGCGGAAGACAAAAUACACAUGUGUGGAUUUAUGAGGGGGAAUUUGACAGUCAAAAUAAAUUUUAAUUUAUUGUCUCCGGAAGUGAAGGGAUCAGUUACCUACUAUGACUGUGUACUUGUGAGCAAAGACAUCACUACAGGAUGCCAGGCAAAUGUCACUGGCCCAAUGGAAAAAGCCCUGCUACAGAAGUUGGGUCCAAGUAUCCCGGAUGUUACCGUGUCGGCAUUCCAUGGCAAUUCUUGUCUUUCUUACCCUGUCACUAACAUCCGGGUAUCGCCAACAGAUGGGAGUGUGGAAGCAACGGAACCUGAUAGAGGGCAAAAUCCUGCGAGUAAGGACUUAUCAUCAGCAUCGAGUAAACUUUGUUCAACAUUCAAAAUAUUUCCAUAUUUUAUUCCUGUAAUUUAUAUACAUAAGUUGCUUAUUUUUUAAAAAGAGGAAGAAAAGAAAAAGUAAGACCAAAUAAGGUGUAGAAAAUCAAUAGUGUAUGUACAAAAUUAUGCAUAAUGUAUUUAAUAAAAUGUUAUAUUAAGUUAAAUUAUCCUUAGACAAAGCUGCUUUUUGUGUAAAAAUAAAUAUGAAUUGCCUGUCAAUUACAUGUAAUACACGAAGUCGUUAUUUGUCGCCUUUAGGUUAUCUUAAAUAUGAUUGAUAAUAUACAUGUAGUAUAAACGUUUUAAUCACACUCUAACUUUCUUGACUUUGUACCGAUAUUGAUAUUUGUUUCUUUCCAUUGAUAUUAUUUUCAACUUUGAAGAUUGCAACAAAAGGAAAUCUAUAGCACUUGUAUGGAUAAUACGCAAACCAUGUUUUCUGUUCAGUGCUUCAUGGACAAGGAAAAUAAAUCUAUCAUGAAACCAUG